GCAGACCCCAAACCGGGUCUUUGGAGAAACCUUCGAGCGCGGGGGCUUCUGGGGAAUAAAGUUCUCACCGGCUGCCCCCCAGGUGUGUUGCGCGCAUGCGCCAGCCUCCGCCUCGCAGCAAGGGGCGGAGUCUGUCGGGGCAGUGGGCGGGGCUUUUUGAGCCUGCGCAAUGAGCAUCUGUCAUAUACCUGCGAAGUCCUGGGUCCCGGGCCCCCUCCCCUCCACACCCGGUGCCACAUCGGUAGAAUUCGUGUCCGGACCGGUCUGACUGGCCUCGUGCGGGCCACCUCGGUCACCAUGGCCUCUGGGGUGAUUUGAUCCGCCCUUCCUGGGGGUUCCCUGGGGUGACAAAUCCUGGGGGUGCAGGUCCCAGCCCCUCUCUACCACCUAGAUGGCUCUGGGGGAAGAUCACCAGUGCCAGGCCCAGACCCGAGCGCUCAGCAUGCGUUGUCACCCAGCACAUGGCCACCCUGUGUGGCAGGUGCUAGAUGAAGGUGAGAAUAGGUGCGCAUUCCAAAGACGAAGAGUCUGGUGGGGUGGGGAGCUUGUCUCCGAGCCCACCGGAGAUGGAAACUGCCGUUUCAGAGAUGAGCCAGUGAAGCCCCUGUCGUUGCCAAUUGUAAGAUGAGUUGUAGCAAAGGUGUGUGAAUCAAACGUUUUUUAUCAUUUAAGAAACUGCAAACCUCCAGGCAGCCUGUGCUCCCACCACCACCAUCUGUGUCUGCUGGCUGGAGGCUGUUGCUUCAAAUGAGGCCCUCUGCCCUCUGCCCCAAAGCAGGGGCUCCGAGGUGUGUGAGUGAUGACUAGGGUUCCCCAGACCCCCUGCAGGCCUCCCCUCUGAGGCUGAGGUCAGGCUUGCCUAUUCCCUCCUGCCAGCUGCAGGUCUGUGGAGGGCUGACGUCGGGCUCCACAUGCUUAGAGGCUGAAUCACCCAGGAUGUCAGGGCCCCUUGGAGCCCCCGCUGGGGCCACCACCCACUUGUGCUGGAAGAGCCAGGGCCUCCUGGGAUCCCCGGAACCCCAUCUUGGAGCUCCGCCCCAGGGCCCCGCCCCUCCCCAGGAGGGAAAAAGGCAGCUGCCAGUUGCUUGCCUCAUAGGCACUGGGACCUGGCCCACAGGACACAGGACGAGAGGGUAGACUGCUGCCAUCACCACUCCAGGCUGGGCCAUGGACCCACAUGAGAUGGUCGUCAAGAACCCGUAUGCCCAGGUCAGCAUCCCCCGGGCUCACCUGCGGCCAGACCUGGGGCAGCAGCUGGAGGCGGCUCCCUCUUCCUGGGAGUCACAGCCUCUACCUGCAGGGUCCUGCCCCUCAGAGCCCACCCGGCUCCUGCAGCCCACUGAGGAGGCCCCAGGGAGCAAGGAUGCCAAGGGCGCCAAGGGGGCCACCCAGACCCAGGGCCAACAGGCCUGGCUGCAGCCCGGCAACCCUUAUGGUAGUGGGCAGCACCCAGCAGGACUGACCUAUGCUGGCCGGCCCCCCAUGGGCCGCGGGGAUGACAUCGCCCACCACUGCUGCUGCUGUCCUUGCUGCUCUUGCUGUCAUUGCCCUCGCUUCUGCCGCUGCCACAGCUGCUGCUGCAUCGUCUCCUAGCCCAGCAGCCACACCAGUGCCCACGUACUUGGGGCAGCCCCUGGACCAUUGUCAUGGGUUUUGGCCACUUCCCACCCCGGACAGGAGCAGCUACCUGGCAAGAAGGCCAACAACCCGGCUCCAGCACCUUGCCAGAGAGGCGGGACACCUGCUGUGGUAGCAGCCCUGGGGAUACCCCCCUUCGCCUCCCUGGAGGCCCACGGCCCAGGCAAUAAAGCAGUGAGCUAUG